UAAAAGCACCUGCUUGUGUUUUCCAGGACUACAGUUAAGCAGCCAAAUCAAAGGAUGUCUUGUAACAACAUCGUCAGACAAAUGUGUGAAAAUUUGGGACAUCCUGGGGGACAAGCCUACUUUAGUCUAUUCCAGAGAUAUGAAAAUGGGUACCCUGUUCUGUGCAGCUUGUUGUCCAGAUCUGCCAUUUGUCUAUGCCUUUGGAGGAGAGAGGCAGGGACUACAGCUCUGGGACAUAAGCACAAUUUCCACAGUGAAUGAUGUUUUUGGAACUCGACAGAGGCUAGCAGUUGCCACAUCAAGUUCUGAAGGAAAGAAUUCUGAUAAUAGUAGUAGCAGCUAUGGAGAAGCUGCAAUGGAACCAUGAAAUAAGCUUAUAUAGUUUUUUAUGAAAGUAUUUCAUCUUGAAACAUACUAGGUAAACCAAAUGUUAUAUUUUUUGACCUGCUUUUAAGGCCAUGUUACCAUGAAGCUUCUGAGCUGUUAGCCACCUAGAAAUUGGAACAUGCCAGUACUAAAAGACUAGCAAUAAUUUAACAAAUUAAUCUUCCAACACAUUCAUUUGAGUUAAGAAAGAUACACUUGGGCAUUCUGAUGCAUAUAAUAGCUACCUUAAAUCUUUUGUCAUUGGCCAUCUGUGGUUUAAAAGCUGUUGUCUAAUUAUGUUAGCCAAUUUUCUCAGAACUCAAAAGAAGCUGUCUAUUAUGGAAAGUUUUAAAUACACUGUUCUUAAUCAGGAUUGGAUACCAUGUCAGAGCAUGUAUCUCUGAGCCUAUAUAAAUAUAUUAUCAAUCAAGGCACAUGCUAAUUAAUAAAAUCCAAUUUGGCAUAAAUAAAAUGGCUAAGGUUAACAAUCUUGGGUUUAUCUCUUUGAUACGGACCAUUAAUUUAAAUAUAUUUCUAGGAGAACCAUCAAUGUCAUCUUACUUAACAUUGACUGAAGAGCAAAAUGUACAGAUAAAUUAAUGGUUUAAUUUAAUAAAGCGAAAAUGCUAUGAUGAAAAAUAAUUCCUACAUACUGGGAAAAAAACCCUUAGAGGGUGAAAAUGAAAGUAAUGAGUACGCACAUUAAAAAGCAGUAUUUUAAUUUUUUGUAAGGAAACAAAUCUUAAUGAUAGCUUCAUUCCAUAAAUAUAUUAGCAGCAGAAUUUCCCUUUCAAAAUAAGUGGUUACCGGUUACAGUAUACAAUAACCAUUGUAUGUCAAACUCAUGCUAAAACUAAGCCUGCAUUUCAAACACAAGCAUUAGCAUGCCUUACUGUAUGGAUCCCAUACUAUAUUUUUGCUUUCUAAACCUCUGGAAAUGCUCAGUUGUCAACAGAUGAGCAAAUAAUUCAUUGGUAUACAACAAAUAUCAAUUUUAUGAACUUUCUAAGAGCCAAAAGUAAUUUAUUCAAUAAAAAAGCACUAUACUGCAAUGAAAAAAUUUGGUUUGUGCAUACUUUCACAUUAAAAGUACCUUUAACAGAGACAGCUGAUGCUGUUUCAAUUGUAUCCAUCAUGCAUCAACCAAGUCACCAAUGAUACCAUUUUAAUAGAUGAACGUGAGUAAUUAUGUUGUUUUAAUGUUCACUCUGAAAACAGAAGCCGUUUCCAUUAUGGAUGAGAAUUUGGCCACUGA